AUGGGAAAGGCAAAGAAACCUCAGAAGUUUGCUGUUAUGAAGAAGACUAUAAGCCACAAAGCUCUGAAGCAUUACAAGGAGGAGGUUCUGAAUCCAAACAAGAAGGACCUCACUGAACUUCCCAGAAACGUACCGAAUGUUCCAUCAGGAAUGUUCUUUUCUCACAACACUAAUAUGGUGCCUCCUUACCGAGUUUUGGUCGACACUAACUUCAUCAACUUCUCUAUCCAGAACAAGAUUGAUAUAGAGCAGGGAAUGAUGUUCUGCUUGAACGCAAAAUGCACUCCUUGUAUCACGGACUGCGUCAUGGCUGAGCUUGAGAAGUUAGGCCAGAAGUAUCGUGUCGCUCUUAGGAUUGCGAAAGAUCCUCGCUUUGAAAGACUACCUUGUGUACACAAAGGGACAUAUGCUGAUGACUGCCUCGUUGACAGAGUUACUCAGCAUAAGUGCUUCAUGGUGGCUACUUGUGAUAGAGACUUGAAGCGAAGAAUUCGAAAGGUUCCUGGUGUGCCUAUCAUGUACUUGGCGGGGCGCAAGUACUCAGUAGAAAGGCUACCUGAAGCAACACUUGGUAGAGCUCCAAGAUACUGA